AGUGUUCAAAUCGUCUAGCCAACAGCUACUAUCUUAGCGUGUCCUAAGCAGUUUGGCCUGUGAUGGAUGUUGCCGCUGAAUCUUUAGUCUGAAGCACGCCAUAUCCUGGAACCGGUUCGCGAUGACUUUGCAAUCUUACAAAGGGCUUCCAAAGGGAGCAACCAUUCGCGUGCGGUUGUACCGGCCCGAUGACCACGAUGCAGUGUGUCGCAUCUUCUCGGCGGGCAUGAUGGGGCUCGUGCUGCCCGGCGUAGAGGAGAUCACGCGUGGCGAUAAGCGACUGCAGGCAUUCGCAGUUGCGGUGCCGGCGGUCGCCAUGGUACUCGCACGACGCUGCAGCCUGCUGACCAAGCUGGGCGUGGGCCUGCUGUCCACCGCGGCCGUGCCCGCCGCCAUCUACGUUCUGAUGCGCAGCCUGUUCGCCAAGUACGUGAAGAAGAGCCUGCAUGACGAUCUCGCAAACAUAGAGGGCUUCUACUCAACGCACGGCGCGGGCGCGGGCAGCGCCUUCUGGGUCGCGGAGCUCGUGGAGCCAGUGGCGGGGGCUGCGGAGUCCGGGGCUCCGGGCUCGGCGACGGCGCCGGCUUACAAACGGACAUCCUCAACGGGCUUGCUGUCGGCUCCUUUGCAGUCGGCUGUCACCGCCUCUAGCGCCGCCUCGGCACCGCAAGCACUGCAGGCGCCAGCACUGACAGCCGCUGCGAGCAGCAGCGCUACCCCCGCCGCACAGGAGCCAACGGCGGUCCCAGCACAGACGUCAGCGCAGGCACCAGCGGGGCAGGACGCGGAGGAUGGGUCACCCAAUGCCACGUCAGAUGUUGCAGCAGCCUCUGGGCAACGUGAGCCCGCUGCCGCACCGGCCGUGCCGACAUCAGUCGCAGCCACCGCGCAGGACGAGCCCGAGGCGAGCUCGAGUGCUGCGCCAGAUACGUCCGGGGCCGCCGCGUCGACAGCUAGCACGGAGGCUGAGGACCCCGAGGCGGAGGCGCGGCGUGUCGUGGCAGGCCUGGUGGCGUCAGCGGUACGUCGCCUCGAGGCCGCCGCCACGAUGGCGGCUCCAUCUGGCUCGGCGCCGCCGGCAUCACCGGGACCCAAGGCGAACGGCGCGUCAGCGGCAGGGGCAUCGGGGUUGGCGUCGCCACGUGCGGGUUCCAGCGCCGUCAAGAAGCCGCCCGCAGCCGCAGUGCCGGCGCCGGCCGCACCACCAGUCCAGGUGGCCAGCCCAGCGGCGGCCGCGCCCAAGCCGGCGCCUGUGCCGGUGUCCGUGCCUGCGCACCCUGCCAUGGCAAUCGUGGGCUCACCGUCCCCCGCAGCCGCCGCGAAGCCGGUCACGUCUUUCACAUCGCUGGCGGCCGCCGCCUCGCUUCCUCGCACGCCGUCCAGCGCUGCCUUCAACGGCACUGUGGCGCUGGCGCCGGCGACACGCACCCGCGUGGUGGGGCACGUCGCGCUGGAGCGGAAGACCUGGCAGGUGGCCGAGCUGCGGCGCAUGAGCGUGGCCCCCGAGUGCCGCGGCGCCGGCGUGGGUCGGGCACUGCUGGAGGCGCUGACGGCGCACGCGCGCAACGUGGGCUUUCGCGAGCUGGUGCUGCACACCAGCAGCCUGCAGCUGCCGGCCCGCCGGCUGUACGAGCGGGCGGGCUGGAGCCUGACGAAGCGGGUGCCCGAGUCCGGCAUUGACAUCUUCACAUACACCUACGACCUCACAAAGAAGCGGUAGAUAGAUACAGAUGUGGGGCAAGGCAGCUGCCGACCACGGUGGCAGGGCAGCUGCCGACGCACCAUGUAUGAGGAUCUUGCAUGCGGCUGCGACCGGUGCGUGGUUAACGGAUGAGCAGUGAUGUUAUGGUGCUAUCAGGGCUGAUUUGACACGCUGCUUGAAGCAGGGUUGACACGGUUCGUCCUUUGGUUUGGGUCCUCUGUUGCUUCAUGUCAUAUUUCUUAAAUACGGAGUGGGAUUAUCGGCUGCGGGCUGCUGCGUGCCCGCGUGGGGAUCCGCACCGACACGGAGGACCCGGAGACGUGGAAUUUCGCAAACCAACGCCACACAACGCGAUAAUUAUCUGUAAACGCUGCUUUCC